AUGUGUGGAUUGAGAGCUAUGACCCAACGAUCGAGGAUUCGUACCGGAAGCAGAUUGAGGUUGAUACUUGACACGGCCGGAACAGAACAGUUCACUGCGAUGAGAGAACUGUAUAUGAAGCAAGGCCAGGGCUUCCUCCUUGUCUUCUCCAUAACCAGCCAGUCCUCCCUACACGAACUGUCUGAGAUCCGCGAGCAGAUCGUCCGCAUCAAGGAUGACGAGAAGGUACCCCUGGUGCUCGUGGGCAACAAAUCCGAUCUGGAAGAAGAUCGGACGGUUUCUCGGGCCCGCGCGUUCGCUCUGUCGCAAAGCUGGGGCAAUGUUCCGUACUACGAAACGUCUGCGCGGCGACGGGCCAACGUCAACGAGGUGUUCAUUGAUCUGUGCCGGCAGAUCAUCCGGAAAGAUCUCCAGGCAUCUCAGAUGAGACAACAGGAGAACACGAACCGGAAGAGGGAAGGGCCCAACCGACAUGACCGGAAAAGGGAGCGACUACGACAGUCGAAAAAGCGAGGACAGUGUAUCGUCUUGUGA